AUGCGAAGCUCCUCUGAUUUUGGGGAACAACCAACCCUAGAAGCUGUCUUGACGAGCUUCUUCCUUUUCGGAUGUCUGUUUGGAACCAACCAGCAUAAUGCGGCACGGUUACGUCUACGCGAGGCGAUUGACCUGGCCCUCAUGUUAGGACUGAAUGAUCCCAAUUCAUACAAUCGUCUGUCAAGCGAAGAAAAGGGACAGUGGUUGCGGACUUAUCUCGUCCUGUCUGUCACUGAGAGGGCUUACGCGCUCCAACGUCGCCAUUCAAUUAUGCUGACGGGGAAACCUGGGUUUGUCAUGCGGCCGACGGACGGAUUUAUUCACAGCGCGACCCAUAGCCUCGUGUCAGGCAUUAUAGUCCACAACGAGAAAGACGCCGCCGGGAUGAUGGGAUUGGCACUCCUCAUGGAAAUCUUUGAUGCUGUCGACGAAGAGAUUGUCGACUGCUGGAAUGGACGAUGCAAGGUUGGCACGUCCCAGUGCAGAGGAUUCGACGAAGCGAAGGCCUUGGAUAUACACAGAAGUCUUGCUCAUGUCAGUGACCCGAGUCGAUACAAGAGCAACGACUGGUUUGACCCAGAUCAUUCCCGUUUCGAUUCGCAUUCGGCACAAGCAACAAGAAACCUUGGCACCUUUCUGGCUGAAACGCAAUGUGCAGAUGUUCUAAUCACCCAGAAGUGGGUACAGAAUCGUCUGUGGCAUCUAUGCUUGAGCCAUGGCCUCUUGAAAGCGGACUCGGAAACCAAGGAGCUUUCCUUUGACUAUGCAUUUUCCAUUGCUGAAGCCACCCUAGACGUGUGCAGAUCUGUACGAAUCAGCGCCAUGGAAGCUCACGGAAUAGGAAUUAUCGAAAAGUUGUACGACAUUGCCAUUAGCGCCAUUACAACUCCACCCAGCGAAAUGGAAGGCAGUUCGGCAACGGAAAAUUCGUCAAGACAGAUUCUAGCACAACAGUACUUGAGCUUGUUACAAGUUCUACGAGGAGGGAACCAUCAUUACCUCGAAGAAUAUAAAAAACAAUUGGCGUUCUUGGCUGAAAAUAUCUGA